UCUCUAGCAAGUGCUUGGUAUUGUGGAAACAUUUCUCCUCUAUGUCCUGUUCUAUAGCUGCACAUGGCUGAUCGAAUAAGACGAGAUGGAGGCCGGGAGAAAAGAGCAUUUCUUCAGGGUCCUGUUGGACAUGGUGGGUAUUGACAAGCUGAAGACGUGGGCUGCAGUGAACCAUGGGGCCAUCGUGCUCUGUUGUGCCGAUGGGAGUGUUGCCGGGGAGAUCAGGGAGGUAUUAAAGGCCUACUACGCUGCAGAACUACAGAAGAUCCAGCACUGUAAAGGAGUGGAAGUUAUGCUGGAGAAACUGGCCUGAUACAGAUACCAUCUCACCAACAUUGACCCCCUCUGAGACAUUUCACCAACUAUUGUGACCUCACCAACUGGAGUCACAGGUUCUCAUAACUGUCCCCUUUGACCUGACCAUCCUGGUGAAAUCCCUACUAUGACAUGAAGAUGGAUGAAAAGAAACACUGAUUUGCACUGCAUUCUGUCAAAUUCAUUUAGGUGUGCUUGUUUGUAAAGCUGUGGAGCAAGUAUUUAAAUGUAAACGGCACAAAUACUAGCAGUGUUUUUGUAUAAUCUUGUAACUGAUUGGUAUGAAUUGUACUAGCUGACCCAGGAGCUGGAAUUAACUAAAAUAAAACAUGUUAUUGCAACAA